UCCACGGAAAGCCAACUAGUUUCAGUGGUUUUUAGCGGUCGUUCCAGUCGUGCCAGUCAUUCACCGCUGUAGAAGACAUAAUCUUGCUGUCGUACAAGCAGCUUGAAUAUGGUUGAAUUUCCAGGUUUCCGAUUCGUGAUAGGGCUUCUCAAAGGUCCUAGACUAUACAGAAUUCACAAAGCAGGCGACAGAGAGGGUCGGUUGUACGAACCCAACAGCGUAGAGGGCUACAGUGAUAACUUAAUUCGUUCUGUAAGUCUUGCCCUAGCCGUAGCAUGGUCAAUUGGAAUGUAUGCUUCACCUAUCAUUAUAACUACAUUAUAUCGAAGGGGUUAUGUGACAUAUGAAGGUCUGAUCACGCAAGCAAGAUUAGCUGGAGUUGUAUGCACAGUGUUAGUUGGAACUUUUAUCAUUAGAGGUGUCGGUCGAAUGGUGAACGGAGACUACAUUCCAUUUCUGCGAGCUCUCCACAAUGCACAAGAGAACCUCAACAAAAGUACAAAGGCAGAGUUGAUGAAGUACGACAGUGAGUUCUAUGCAUGGCCCGUCGACUUCAGGUGGAAUGACCCUAAUGCAGAUCCCAGCAAACAGCGUGUGUCUGUUGACACGCGCACAUCAAAACGGCGCACAUUUCUAUCUCGUGUAUUGGCCCUGCCCUGCGACGUACUGAGCUACGUUGCCAUUCACACAUUUGGGCGCCGUCUAAUGUAUCCUGGUGCUGUAGGCCUCUUGCAGGCUGCUGUAGGUCCUAUGCUCAUUCAAGGAAGGGCCAAGCUCGUUGAAGAGUAUGGUGGCGUGAGGAACAAGCUUCUAACACGUGAUGGCAACGAGAUUGACUCUGUGUUUGUGGACAGGAGGAAUUCCAACCUGCCAAAUGGUAACAUUCUGGUCGUCUGCUGUGAAGGAAACGCUGGUUUUUAUGAGUAUGGAACUACGUCCACCCCUAUUGAAGCUGGCUAUUCUGUGUUGGGCUGGAAUCAUCCUGGUUUUGCAGGAAGCACGGGAGUUCCCUAUCCUGACCAGGAACAGAACGCCAUCGAUUGCGUUAUGCAGUUUGCCAUCCAUCGUUUGGGUUUCCUUCCUGAGAACAUUGUUGUUUUCGCCUGGUCCAUUGGUGCCUACACAGGAACAUGGGCUGCCAUGAACUACCCUGACAUCAAAGGCCUGGUUUUGGAUGCCACAUUUGACGAUGUCGUUCCACUAGCAACAUCCAAGAUGCCUCCAAGCUGGGAGCCACUUGUUAAAAACACAAUCCGAGGGUACAUGAACCUGAACAAUCUUGAACACCUACAAAAGUACAAAGGGCCAGUGCUUAUGUACAGGAGGACGCGAGAUGAGAUCAUCACAACAGUGGACGCAACAAAGAUUCAGAGCAACCGGGGCAAUGACCUACUUGUUGGAGUCCUGCAGCAACGCUACCCAAACCUAGUUACCAACGACACUCAGUGGGCUCUUCGAGAAUGGCUGUCUGGAGAUCAGAGUCAUCAGAUGGUAUUGUGGGAGCAACAGGGAGUUGACGAGGACACGUGCCUGACAAUGUUGCGGUCGUACAUUGAAGACAAGGGCUUCUCUAUUCCUCUGUGCAUUGGAGACAGCAUGCAAACAGAAAUGAAAGUUCAACUACUGCUUUUCUUGGCACGCAAGCACAUGAUCGACUUCAACUCGACGCACUGCACACCGCUCCCGCCCAGUCUCUUUCAACUUCCGUGGAAUGCUUCCACCCUGACCGAGGGCAACAAUGGGGGAGGAGAACUGGCAGCGCUCAGUGAAAUGAUGGAGACGGAACUGAUCAUAGGGGGCCUACUAGGAUCUAUGACAUCACCCAGCUUUUGCGACGAGUUAAUUGUGACUAAUCGGGCAGGAAUUUUUCUAUAAUGUAAGAUAAUGCAAUAUAAUGCACGAUGAAAUACAAAAAAAAAAAAAAACUUUUAAUGCAACAUCAAAUACAUACUGACAAUACAUACAUGUUUCAUGUCCACCGACACAACAAUUUUUGUGCACCUUAACGCCGACGGUUGUACACACUUUCUCCGCAGGUGAAGGUCCGAAACGUUGUUGCGCAGCAAGUACAGGAUGAAUUGCAUUAUUUUUGUGUCAGUACAUAGCAUCAGCGCAUGCAUGAUGUUUCCUCUGAUGCCACUGUUAGGGAGUGUCUCGUUUAUUGCUUGCCAGUGCAUUCUCUAAUAAAAGCCCUAACAAAGUUAGUGUUUGCUGCUUCACGUGUCUCUUUCCUUCUAAGUCAUACGUGGUCGUAUUAUUGCAGCAGAUGUAAGGUGGACCCCAUCACGGCUAUAAGCAGGACAUUGCAGCAUGCACAAGGCAUCAGAAUUCAACGUAUGGCUUGCAUGCACUCUUGCCCGAGUUUUGCAAGGUUGGGUGGUAUGCUACUAACUUUGUCUAGCAUUUUGUUUCAUGAUGAUAUAUGGGAGCUCACUUUCAUCACUAGUAUUGACCUCUGUGUUUUAAGUUCAUAUUCAACUGGUACCUCUUUUAUUUUGGUAUUACACUGUACUUAAUUUUGAUUGACUCGUACUAGACUGUAUAUGGUCACUACUAACACUGAUGAUUGCAGCCCUGCAUGGAUGAAAACUUUUGUGUGCAUGCAAGGGGCUGGCACCGCUGUCAUGUCUCAGCAGCAGCAGCAGUGUCUUCAAUGUUCACAGACCCAGCUUUCUGCGAAACGAUUAACCCUCUGCCGUAAAACUUGGACAGCUGACCUACAUUGAUGUGAUGCAAGCAACCAUCCCAUCUCAUUCAGUGUACCAUAACUCCUGGUGAAUGUCGCAACCCUUUUUACGUGUCACAGUUUCGGUCAAACACUUGUGCUGCAGCUUUCCAAGUGUGUGUGUACGAAUAAGUUGUAAUUUACGUAAUGUGGAUAGAUCACGAUAGCUGUCGUCUGGUGGAACGCACGAAAGAGAGAUGCAGUACUUUAGCAUAAACAGUUAGAAGGUGGUAGCCUCACUGCUCCACCCUCAAUGCAUUUUCCUGUACGAGAUACAAAAUGUGGAAACGAAGGCCUGGCUGGAUUUUUCCUUUGGUGUGUGCCGAGCGAAAGAUUCACAAGCACUGCAUUCACAUGAAGACGUCAGCCUGAGCAUGGGAAGUAAACACUGGAGGAGGAGAACGUGGACGAGAGCUCAAACCCUCGGAAUUAGUUGUCCUUUUCGCCGGUUUCAGCCUCUUGUCUGUGUCGCCAUUUUUUUUUUUUUCUGUGUUUACUGGCCAUGCUCAGACUCUUUUCUGCGUCUGUACCAUCUUAACUGCAUUCACAACAUGCUGUGGACCACAACCAGACGAGAAAACUUGACUUCACCUAGAACCGUGUACCUAGUAGUGGGGAUUAAUACCUGUGGGUGAUGCCAACGCCGCCUAGAUACAGAAAGCUUGCUCGUUGCCUCCUCUCCCUCCCUCCUUCGCUACGUGGACAUUAAGAGUCAGAAUACGUCUGCUACUGCUAUUCACCGUUCUGCUAAUCCGAGAACUCUCAAAUGACUCCAGCUCAUCUGGAACCUGCAGACCUAAAUAUUUACAGAAAAAGCGCAAGACACGUUCCAGAAAAUCGCUUUUGAGAAGGAUCGAGACAAUUUUGCGCUUUAUUUCCAAGUUUUCUGAUUUAGUCCACAGGGACGAUCAAUCACAAGUCGCAGACGACGGUGGUUAGUCUUCAUAUACUCAGCUGCUGAAGGCACGUUUGUGAUUGGCUGCCUCCAUUGAAAACACAGUCCUGAUUUGCUGACUCUUAAUUGUUACGUCACAUCGAUGAAUAAGCAGGCUUUCUCAGUCUAGGUGGUGUUGGUUUCGUAGGGCUCUAUUAUGUAUUGUUGAAAAUCUGAAAGUGUUUGUCGGUCCGUUCAUCGUUACUAUGCCCUCAAUUGCCCUUCGUAGUAUGUAUGCUCCUGGUGCUUGAUAAUAUGCCUGGUGAAGGCACACUUUUGUUAAGGCCACUACAGUUUUCUGCAUCAGUGAAUGCACAAAUGAAACUCUGUGGCAUAAAAACAUCAGAAUUUGCAAUAUUCUGUAUAACACGAAGAAUGCUGAACAUCAGUAUUGUACUACCUGUAAUAAAGGAAGUUUCUUUGGA